CAAAAUCCAGCUAUAGCUCAAAGUGAUCGCCUCUUUGGGCAUAUCUAUCUAAGACGAUUCUGCCCUUUAUCUCCCCUUGUACCACUUUUCUUGUUCUAUAAGGAUUUUUCUUGCCUGGCUCUCAGAUCUGUGAUUUAGUGAGUGUUCUGCUGCAGAAAAUAGAAGUUUUUCCUACAUGGCUGAAACACCCAUCUAUGACUCAUUUCGAUUGUCUUUGAAUGUCUUGUUUGCUUUUGUUUUUUGAUUAUUGACAGGCUCUAUGUGUUCUACGCAUGACACGGUUUAGGUGAUCUUUUUUUGUGUGUGUGUGUUUGUGUGUGUACUGGAAUUGUUUGAUUUUGCCAUACAAGGAUUUCUUGCAUUACAAGUGGUGGUAACUCCUAGGAGAAACCAUGAGUUGGACUCAUUAUAAAUGCUAAACGUCUCCGAGCUUGGAGCUACACUGUCUGUGGGAUUCAGUCAAGAGAUGACCACUGUGUCUAUGGAGCUCAUGGAGAAGAUUUCCAAUGUCACUGAGACCCCAGUAGAAGCUUCUACUGAAAACAUGGCUGCAACCUUCACUAUUGGCACCAUCCUGUCCUUAAUGUGUCUGGUGGGCGUGUCUGGAAAUAUCUACACCCUAGUGGUCAUGUGUCACUCUAUGCGUUCAGCUGCCUCUAUGUACAUCUACAUCAUCAACCUGGCACUAGCCGAUCUACUUUACUUACUUACUAUUCCAUUUGUGGUAUGUACACAUUUCCUAAAGGGAUGGUACUUUGGAGAUGCCGGGUGUCGAAUCCUCAUUAGUAUGGAUUUCCUCACCAUGCACGCUAGCAUCUUCACACUAACUGUAAUGAGUACAGAACGUUACUUUGCCGUCCUCAAGCCAUUAGAUACAGUCAAACGCUCUAAGAGCUACCGUAAGGCAAUCGCCCUGCUAGUGUGGACGGCCUCCCUGAUUCUCACUUUACCCAUGAUCAUUGGUGUCCAGCUGAUGACCGAGAGCUCCAAGCCAAUGUGUCAACCCACAUUGAGCCCACUCUCUUAUAAAAUCUACAUUUCCUUUCUCUUUGGAACCAGCAUUGUGGCUCCAGGAGUCAUAAUUGGCUACUUGUAUAUACGCCUCGCACGCACCUACUGGAUCUCCCAGACCGAGACCUUCAAGCAGACCAAGAAGCUCCCAAACCAGAAGGUCCUAUAUCUUAUCUUCACCAUUGUGCUCCUCUUCUGGGCCUGCUUCCUACCUUUUUGGAUCUGGCAGCUUUUAGGUCAGUUCCACCCAGCACUGGCUCUCUCCACCAAGGCCAAGCGCAACAUUAACUAUCUGACCACUUGUCUGACCUACAGCAACAGUUGCAUUAAUCCAUUCCUCUACACCCUGCUUACCAAGAAUUACAAGGAGUACCUCCACAAAAGACAGAGGACAUGGACAGCUGGCAGCUACUUCAACAGGCGAAACCGCUUCCAGAGGUCACCAAGACGCUCAUUGUCCUCCAGCAGUCAGCAGUGUACGGAGAGCUUUGUGCUUGCACACACUUCCAGCACCAAUAACAGCAGUCUUUGAGGUGAAGAUGACUGUCUGGGGCAGGACAAGUGCAAAGUAAGCCAAGAAGGCUGGUAUCUCCCUUCUCUGAGCAGAAGAGGGAUAAAAGAGGAGUAGGAGCAGAGCAGACAAGAGAAGCAAAGCAAGAUAUCGCAAGAAAGUUUCUUCUAUCUACGAAAAGUGUCCCCACAGUAAAAGGUCAAUGUGGGGUUGGAGUUGCCAUCACCUUACCAGUUGAUCAGUUUCAAUCAUGGACGAAUCUUAAGGGAGGAAACCAAUUAUUACUUCAUUAGUUUCCCCAGACUCUGGGAUAUUAUCACUGUGAACUGCAGUUCAAAUAAAAUGCUGCCCUUCUUAUUUUGCUCAUCCAUCACACUUUGUCUUCAAGGAUCAAAUUUCAUAACAAGGCAAUUACCAACAGAGGACAACUUUGAUCUCCCCCUCACCAAGUGACUCACUUUGAUGAGUAUCAUUUCCUUCAAAUACAGUAACUGCAAUAGAAGCUAUCAAAAUGGUUCCAAACACGAUUCUGUGAGUUCCUGCGAAAGAUCACAUUAAACAGGAGGGGUAUUUCCUUGUGCAAAAUCUAUAACUCUCAUUUUAAUAAAGUUUGCGGCUCUGUUUGAUCAUAUGCCGUAUAUUUGACAGCUAAGCUAUUCUAUUCAGUUUGUCUUUAAUGAUUUAAUUAAUUUAAUUGUAGGCUCCUUAGUGGCAUUGUAGCCAUGGAUUGCCCUAUAUAACACUGUGGGAAGAAAUCCAGAAUACUUAUUUUUAUUUUACCGCUGUAUUCCAUUACCUGGCAGUGGCAGAACUAGAGUUUUAUACAUGGGAUGGCCAGGGGGUUGCCAAGGCUACUUCAGGGGGUCCAUAGACCAUGACAGAAAAUUAGUGUCCUAACCCUAACCUGGCAUCUAAGGAGCAUGAAUGAAUCCCAUGAUUGCUGAUUAGAGGUAGAAGUGAUAAUUCACUUAACCCGGAAUUCUUCAAUGUGGCAGAUAGUGUGGUCCAAAAGGGUUACUUCACUAGAAUUCUUUAACAUACUAUGAAUAAUCAGUGUCUCUACCACAAGAUAAUUUCUGUAGUCCAGACCAUGUUUUUCAAGGCAAUCAAUUAUCAUUUUUGCGAGACCUGCUGCGACUAAGCUUUCAGCUGACAGAAAGUGUAAAAAGCUUUUGUGGAUGGCCCCGUUGUAAUAGUACCUCACAACUAAAGACAUUUGUUCUUUUUUAUUUAAAUCUUUGGUUUCAUCUGCAAUUAUACUAAAAAACUUUCUUUUACUUCUCUUAUUAUUUCACUUUGUACCAUCUCAGCUAAGCCCUCAAGAAAUUCAUUCUGGAUUUGGUGGCCUGUGUACUUAGCAUUGCCACAUGCAUUCAUCCUUUUCUCUAUGAGAGUGUCAUGCUUAUCUAUUUAUUCUAAGAUUGUCAAAAAAUUACACUUGUUGUGAGAGUCAUCAGACUCUCAAUGACCUCUCUGCGCUAUAUUUUGAGUGGCAGUUGAUAGGAGCACAUCUGCAAUUGUUUUAAUGUAAGUACUGUUUUCCUACACUUUCUUUUUCUGGUCAUCAUUCAUGACAUCUAACAUUGAUGAGUUGCUGUCAAUAUCCUUUUUAUGCUGAUUCCAAGCAUACAUAGCAUUGAUACGAUGCUCUGCCUUUAAAUGGAUCUUAAACCCAGAAUCUUUAAACAGUGCCUUUUGUUACAAAAACCUGACUGUGAUGUGAAGGCAGAUUCAGGUGUAUUGGGCAGAUGCGAAACAAUAAGUCGAAUCUUGACUUACAGAAUAUUCAAGCCAUGAAUUGUCCUUAUACCAGGAGCUGUUGAAAGCCCUUUUCCUAGUAUCAUGCUGAGUUAUGGGAAAUGUUUUUAAGCAAGGCUGUACAGGACACUCUUCUCUGGAUCUUGACAUUUCUGAAAUACACGUUAAAUACUGUGUCAUAUCUCUAUGGAAAUGUACAGUAUAAUUAAGGGAUCCACAAGAUUAGAUACUAACAGCUGCUAACUAAAAUGUGUAGUUUAAAGUAUAUGGUAAAUGGUAAAUGGUCUGCACUUAUAUAGCGCUUUUAUUUUUAAACUUAGUGGUUCCAAAGCGCUUUACACUGUGACACAUUCACCCAUUCACGCACACACUCACACACCAAUGAUGGCCUGGCCUAUCAUUUGAUCAUUUUGGAACAGCAUAUCUGGUGCUUGAUGCAGUUGGGAGGGGCUCGAUGACAUCUCCUGGCAGCUCUGGCUCACUAUCUUGCUCAGAGCCUGAGGUCUCUGUGUCAUCCCUUGAUGCAUCUAUUACAUUAAAAUAACACAAGAACCAUUAGUAUAUAAUAACAAUAAAAAUGCCACAGCCAUCAAAACAAGAACACACAUGAAUCAACAACCAACAUUUUAAAGUGAGGCUUAAUCUGACAAAAUAAACUAUUACAAGCUGAAGCUAAACUUAAAUUCUGAACUGGGCAUGUGACUGACUGCCUGGUAGAUGCUCUUACCUGGUGGUUGUAGACUGUGUCCUUGUGAAGUCUAACUACACUGACUCUGACUAGCUUCAGGUAGGGAGCUGCUCUGGGGCCCGGUGGUGAUGCAAGGGCUGGGGUCUGUUUGCACCUGAUUUAUCUGUUUGUGCUUCUUUAAAAAGAAGCCUGAUAUCUCUCCCUUUCUUUUCAUGUUUAACUGACCCUAUGCAAAAGUAAGGCAGUCUAUGGUUACAUCUAAGUAUCCAAUUACCCACAUUUUAGUCCAAUCUCAAUCUUAAUUACAAAUCCCCAUUAUCAUAACUGUACCUUACAAAUCAACUACCAGCCUAGGUUACUAGUUAGGUCAUGGCUAGCCCUACACUGCAGUAAUUAACUUUGCUAGCUAUAAUUUCUUACACCUUUCUGAUAGCAAACAGGCUAUCUGCAAUUGUGAUAAUCUUUUGAGUAACAUUAACAGAUUGAUAAUAACAAUUGUUCGGUUUGAGUUCAAGUAUGAAAAUCUUUUUUUAGUUAAUGGAUUUCAAAUUGCUAAAUGUUAACUUGAUGAACACUGACAGCUGUAGCCUACUAGUUACCCCAUAUUAGCUAAACAUUCAUAUACUGUAACUUACGACACUGCACUGUAUAUGCAUGUAAGUGUAUUACUAGCACAGAUGUAAACAUAAUGUAUGUUAGGCUAAAUUGGGAACCAAUCUCUCUUAACUGAUUAACUGUCUAUUAAUGGAGCCAAAGGUCUAACGUUAACUUACACAGUGACUCAAUUUGUUCAGGAAACCUAAACCCGAUGCUAAACCUUAAAACUUACUUCAAAUAUGAUGUUUUAGCCAAUCGGGAAAAGAGCUCAUGGAGCUAUGGAAAUAUUCUCUCCUUCUUCUGUAUGUUCUUCUUAUUCUUCUGUAUCUCGCAACCAACGUUAAUAUUCUCUCUCCCUCGUCCUCGAUUUGAAAAAUGUGCCGUAGUGAUGGGUCAUUCAUGAACGAUUCAUUCAUUUUGAACUAAUCUUUUAUAUGACUCGGAAGAAUGAGUAGUCUCAGAUAGUGAUUAGUUCAUUUUGUCACAGCCACGCAUGUGCAAAAUCCGUGCUCGUGUUUCAUUCAUUUGGCACGGGGACAGCUCUGUACAGGAAACAGAACUGAUAAGUUCACCUGCCGAGUCUUUGGGUUUGAGUCUUUCGUUCAUCUUCCACAUGACGUGACAGUCUCAUAUGUACCCAUUGGCUCAGUACAGGAAACAGAAAUGAUUAGUUCACCUCCCGAGUCGGUCUUCUGGUACAAGUCAUUCACUGACAGCCAAGAAGUCUCUGUCUUGCAAACAGAAGUUACUUAAUACUUCUUAAUGCUCCCAACAAGCAGUUUGAGAUGCUUUAUUUUUGACCUUACAGUCACACAAAGUUUUUCUGGUCAAUAAUUGUAGCUUCUUUAUUUCUUGCAAUUCAUAUCUUUGUGAAUAUUUCUGUCAUGAUGUUUUUUCCCAUCCUGUUGAAUCUGGUAAUAAAGAGUAAUGUUUUAAACUUUGUAUGACUUUUAUCUUCUCGUCAGAAAAUAUAAUAGACUACAAGAGCUAUAAGGAAAGCCCAUAUUACUUACUUGUUUAUUGAGUUUAUUUUAAAUAAACUGUAAUUAAUUUUUCCUUCACGAUGCAUCCCUUCAUGGUAUUAAUUAUUUAUUUAUUUAUUCUUAUGUUCUUGUUGGGAAUAGACCCAAAUCAAGCAUUAAUUAUUUAUUAACUAAUUUUACACUUGGGAUAAAAUAUUGUGUCAACACUUCCUGCAUUAAAUACAUGAAAAUAAUUAAUCAUGACAAUUCUUAUAAUUUUAAAAAGUCAUUUAUUGUCAUACUGACAUGUACUGAUCAUGAUACAAACAACUGCAAUACACUGACUGUGAGCUGUAAAGAAAAAAAUUAUGAAAAAAGACCAGUAAUUGUCACACGUGAACGAAUGCUGAGCCUGGAGGUCACAUGUCAAAUGAACGAAGACUCAGAUCCGAACUCCGAAGAUCAACUCAGGAGAUGAAAUAAUCAAUUAUGUUUCCUGUACAGAGCCUAUGAGCACCUAUGAGGCUGUCACGUGUUAAAUGAACGAAAGACUCAACCGUCUCAGGAGGUUAACUAAUCAAUUCUGUUUCCUGUAGAGCCUAUGCGACUGUCACAUGAUGAUCGAAAUGACUUGAAUGAAAAGAUUUGUUCAUUUUGCUGAACGAGACUCAAAGAUCUAAGUCAGUAAAAUUAUUCAAUUUUCCCAUCACUAAUGCGCCACCGAACGUCAAAAUAAUUCUUCUUUCAACAAGAGGUGAAAUGAGAUGUCAAUAAGCAACAAACUGCCAGUAGCGAAUGAAAUUUUGGGGUGGCACCCGGGGUAGCCAAUCAGAUGUCAGGGGUGUAUAGUGCCACCCCAGACACUCCUCUGGCUCUGCCAGUGUUACCUGGGCCUGUUAGAUUUUUUCUGUAUAAUCAGUGAGGGCUCUGUCGCCACCAUCCUGUUUCCUAGACUCACAGAAUUUGAAGUUGACAAGAGUGGAGGCUUAUGUUGACCUUAUGCUGACCUGAGAUCUGUGUUCUCCACAGUUACAAUGCAGAGGAUGCUUGGCUUUGACUUUUAAUGAGUUAUGAAAGCAGGUGGCCUAGAUGGAGUUCAUAAAUGAUAUGCACAAUUUGAGAAUAGUAGAGUGAAACCGACCAAUUAGGCAACUUUAACUUUCUGACUCCCAAGGAAUUCAUCAUUUAUCUUCAAUGCACAAUGUCAAAAUGGUGCUUAUUAUAUUUGGACUCAGUAUUUGUUAAACACAAAAGAUAUACUGUACUACCCAUUAGAUGUAGUCUGCAUGUUGCUCUGAAAUGUUGAAUCAGAGCAAAUCAGAGAAAUUAACUAUUUUGUUUUGAUUCAAAGAUUAUAAAUAUACUACAUUUCAGUGGUGUUACAUGUUAAAUGUACAGAGUGUGGUAAAAAGAAUAUAGGAAGAUUGCUUGUAAAUAUUACAGCUAUAUUUAAGUUACAUUUUGUCUACACCUUUGUUUACACAAAAGCUAAUGGCAAUCAAUGAUCACAUAUUCCGUUAAAAUAUAAAAGAAAAUAUAAGAGCCUAUUUUGCACCUAUUAAGACAUGCUCUUUGAGAGCAGAGGAAAAUAUAAACCAUUAUUUUCUAAAAGACAACAAAAUAUCUGACUCACUUUAUACAGGUGUCUUAAACUACAAUGUAUGUACAUUAAGAUUUUGAUACCAUGUAAUUGUUGUAUAUGUAUGUUUUUCUUUAGAUCUAUUGUAAUUUUUGCAUUUGCUGCUACCAAAGUUUGAGGUAGGGUAGAGUUAGGUUAGAGUUAGAGUUAGGGGUUAGGAUAGGGCUUGGAGCAGGUUUGCUGCCAGACUCCAAAUAAACAGAUAAUAUUGCAUGACAACCUUGUAAGAUUUUCGGAGAAUGAGGGUUACCUUCUAGCCACUAAUUGUAAUUAAAGUGUUACAACAUGUAUGUACAUCAUACGUAAGUACUGUACAUUGUAUUAAAACAUUAAUGUAAGUACAUAAUAAUAAAAAAAUACCUUAUAUAAAGUGGGACCAAGGCUGAGUUCCAAGGCUGAAUUUCAUACCUCAAGGGAGAAAGACUAGGUUUCAAAUCACUAAAACAGUACACAUCCUACUCUGCUGUGUAACAAGUUAAUUUAUCUGUAAUGAAAAACAUUUCUUAUGGUCAUGUUUUUGGAAAGAGAUUUAGUGUGAAAAUUAAUAAUUUGCAGAAGUUAAUAAUGCAAUGCAGAAAUGCAAAAAUCAUAUUAUUUUUAAUGCUAUGCUCUUUGUUGAGGCCUACACAGGUUAUGUAUUUCUAUGGCUUCUUAUUGUGUCUUUGUUUUGCAAUUGUGAUAUUGUAAAGUCUAUGUAAAGCUGCUAAAUUUCUCACUGUAGCUUAUUUAAAUGACGCUUGCUAAGAAAUGUACCAUACACUCAAUAAACAGUAAAACAUCACUUUAUGGUAAGUAGAUAGCACAUUAAAUAAUAUUCAGUCAUGCAAGGCUAUUUUUCUGUUUUUCUUUUAUAACAGACAAUGCAAAAGAUAUUCAUGUUUUGAAAUGGCACAACUGAAUAAAAAGCUUUUUUUAUUUGUAUUAUUUUAAAAUUGUAAUGGACAGUCAUUGCAUUCAAAUUUUAUAUAUUUUUAGUAAGCCAUAUGUCAAAAGAAGCUAGGAGAGGCUUUUAGAUUUAAACGCCUGCCAAUGAGCUUCACAAUAGAAUAAUUGCUGUUGCUAUGUGGUUUACAGUAAU